AUGCAAUUCGGCAUACCGGGACUUUCGGGGCGAUUCAGGAAUUACGGCAUACCACUGUUUGGUCGGAUAACACCAGACAGACUCGUGAUUGCAGCUAGAAAAGCGCCUGACGUGCAUCGAACGAGCGAAGCCACUGAUAGCGAUAGCAGCUUGUCACGUCUUGCAUCGUUCAAUCCGGAUCUGAUUAUCCAAGGCAAGAACUCGACAGCCACGACGCCAUUCUACGUCUGCAGCAGUAGCGACGGCUAUAGCCUCUUGCAUGCACUGUGGAUCAUGGUAAAGAGCACUUGGGUGCGAGGAAUGCGGUUCAAUCUGCUUGUGACUGGUGACGAGUCACGGCAGAGAUCUUCAUUUGCUGAUCGGCUGGUGAAGCGAGGUGCCAUUCCGUGGCUACAUGAAUUCAUUGACUCUAUACGCGUCAAUGUUGCAGAAGCUGAUGACGGGAGCCAACGUCGUCUGAGCGACUUUCUCUCCCAUAGCGAACGUCUGUAUCCAGAGGUGACCAACAUCAACAUUUACGCUGUCGUAUGUGCCAGCCUCGAGACUUUGAACUCGCAUGCGGACACGAUGGUCCUACAAAAUCGAUAUUGUACAGCCGAAACACUCUACGAACGCAUAUGCUACGAAGCCUGCAGCGUCGUGCGCACGAGGACAGCCAAGCUGGUCGAUGUUUCCACCAAGAUGCCAGAUGGAAUAAAUCGGAUUUGUAAGCUGAUCGCGAUCAGUGCGUUCAGAUUGUGCGAAUUGCGCAGCGGUGCGAUAUUCGAGUUUCCGCAACUGCGGAGAACAACAUCUCACACGCCCUCGACAGAAGCCAGUCAGUCGAGAAACUCUAGUGUGGAUCUCGGUACCUCCGUCCAGCGACAAGACCUUGAUCUUCCCACGAAAACCACGGUUCAGGAGUCACCCAUCGUUGCAGAAGCAGUUGUGGCGAGUCAGGCGCACGAGCUGAUCCUGCCACCCGCCGGAACGCGGACUACAAGGCUCGAAGGAUUGGAAGCAAUCGACAAUGCUAUCUUGAGCGGUCUGCUUGCCUUCCGCCUACCUUGCGCAACUCCAAUCGCGGAGUGGAACAUUCGCAUCAACGAGAUGCUACUUACCCUCUUCACACGAAAGCGCGAUUACGAUAACGCGGAAUCUUGCAUGCGACGGUUGCAUCAGACUUACGAAGCCCUUCUCAAUGACGCCAAAGAGAAAGGGAACAAGCCCAAAGUUGAGAUGCUCGAAGAUCUUGUUGAGAAUCUGAACGGCUGGCUUGCUCGCAGUGGGGAGAUGAGGGCGGAGGAGAAACAUAAGGUGCAUGGCGAGGCUCUCGCACAGUCACAUCGGUAUGUACGGAAAUGGUGGGGUGAGCGUCUUUCGCCCAAGGAGGGAUACACGGGGCUCAUCUGGACGUUUCGAUGGGCGUAG